AUGUCAAAUAUUAUCCCUCCAGCCGUGAAACAAGCAGUCAUGGGCCAAAAAGGAGCGAAAGCAGACCAGCUGGCGGCUCACACUGUUGAGCCGACCAAGGAUAGCAGAAUUACAUCUGACUUUGGAACUAAACAAACUAAUACAGAUGACUGGCUUCGGAUCAACAGCAAGGACCAGAUAGGCCCGUCGCUGCUGGAAGAUCCAUUUGGGCGUGAAAAAAUCCAUCGAUUCGAUCAUGAGCGUAUACCAGAGCGAGUCGUCCACGCUCGAGGCACCGGCGCGUUUGGAACAUUUCGCCUAUUCGAAUCUGCCGAAGACGUCAGCCAUGCCAAUAUCUUGACCGACACUUCACGCGAGACGCCAGUCUUUCUUCGCUUCUCGACCGUUCUGGGAAGCCGUGGCUCUGCCGAUACCGUUCGUGAUGUGCGCGGCUUUGCAGUCAAAUUCUACACGCAAGAGGGCAACUGGGACAUUGUAGGCAACAACAUUCCCGUCUUCUUCAUCCAGGACGCCAUCAAGUUUCCCGACCUCAUCCACGCCGGGAAGCCCGAGCCUCACAACGAAGUUCCCCAGGCGCAGUCGGCUCACAACAACUUCUGGGACUUUGUCCAGAUGCACUCGGAGGCCACUCACAUGUACAUGUGGACCAUGUCCGAUCGGGCCAUUCCUCGUUCAUAUCGAAUGAUGCAAGGGUUUGGCGUAAACACAUAUACACUUACCAAUGCAUCUGGUGAACGUUCGUUUGUCAAGUUCCAUUUCACGCCAGAGCUGGGAGUGCACUCUCUUGUCUGGGACGAGGCGCUCAAACUUGCGGGCCAAGACCCCGAUUUCCACCGCAAGGAUCUCAUGGAAGCCAUUGACAACGGCGUAUAUCCGAAGUGGAAGUUUGGCAUCCAGACAAUUGAUGAGUCAAACGAAGACGACUUUGACUUUGACAUUCUCGAUGCUACAAAGGUCUGGCCUGAAGACCUCGUACCUAUUCGGUAUAUCGGCGAGCUCGAGCUGAACAAGAAUGUGGACGAGUUCUUUACCCAGACAGAGCAAGUAGCAUUCUGCACCAGCCACGUUGUACCAGGAAUCGGCUUCUCAGACGAUCCUCUCUUGCAAGGCCGAAACUUUUCUUAUACCGAUACUCAGCUGAGCCGGCUGGGCACCAACUGGCAGGAAUUGCCCAUCAACAAGCCAGUGUGUCCAGUCAUGAACUUCAAUCGCGACGGCGCAAUGAGACACACCAUCUCAAAGGGCAAAGUCAACUACUGGCCCAACAGAUUCGAAGCUCAGCCACCAGCGACCCAGGAAGAGGGCGGAUAUGUCGACUACCCCGAAAAAGUCAUUGGCAUCAAGGAGCGAGCAAAGAGCGCAAAGUUCAAGGAGCAUUUCUCCCAAGCACAGCUCUUCUUCAACUCGCUUUCUCAAAUCGAAAAGUCUCACCUCAUAGCCGCAUUCUCGUUUGAGCUGGAUCACUGCGACGAACCGAUUGUGUAUGAGCGGCUUGUGAAACGACUCGCCGACAUUGACAUUGGCCUCGCACAGUCUGUUGGGAAAAUGGUCGGAGGGCCCGUUCCAGAAAGCAAAAGGCAGCCGAAUCACGGGAAGAAGGCCAAAGGCCUUAGCCAGCUGGAGUAUCUCCCAGACGAGCCGACGAUUGCAUCCCGACGAAUUGGCAUCAUCAUUGCUGACGGAUACGAUCCGAUUGCUUUCAACGCCAUGUACGGAGCAGCCAAAGGAGCAAAAGCCAUCCCGCUGGUCAUCAGCACACACCGGUCUCCUACUUUCGCCGAUGGAGAGAGUGAAGACGGAAAAGGCAUCACUGCGGAUCACCAUCUAGAAGGCCAGCGUAGCACAAUGUUUGAUGCCAUCUUUGUGCCUGGGGGCAAGAAAUCCAUCGAGACGCUUUCCAAAAACGGCCGAGCGCUGCAUUACAUCCGUGAGGCGUUUGGCCAUCUCAAGCCCAUCGGGGCCACCGGAGAGGGCGUGUUGCUGGUUGAAAAGGCACUCCAGCUACCCGAACAUGUGGUCACGUCCAGCGACCACGAAGCUGUGGAGAGCUAUGGCGUAGUUACACUGAAAAGUGCGCAGCCGGAGGGCUUUGGAGAGGUCAUGUCCGCAGUGAAGGGUGCCAAGGGGUUUUUGGACAAGUUUGCCUAUGCGAUUGGCAAUCAUCGCUGCUGGGAGCGGGAACUUGAUGGUCUUAAUACCAUGGUGGCGUAUUAG